AUGACGAUUCCGAGUGGCACUCCAACUCGGCCGUCCAAUGUUGAGUUUCCAGGCAGUGGUAUUUUCGUCCCGGGGACUGCGACCGCGCCCCGCAAAGGAUCGCCCAUGCAGCUCGCUUUGGUGGGCCAUCAGACAGCCCGCCAGCCCCUCCUCACCGCAGUUGUGCCUCCAAAAUCGCCUUCCUGUCUCGAUCGGGUGACCCCUCAGCAGAGCUCGUGGGCUCUUAUCAACGACAUGCUCUGUGCUGCCCUUCGCGACCCCCCCUCUGGCAUGCCCUCUCCCCUGUCCGACCCCUCUCUGAGUGGCCGCCCCCAGCCCCACGGCUCGGCUAGCCAAGGGUGA